AUGGAAGGAGGAAGAAUGGGGUCACACCACAGAGGAGUGGCGCCCGAGUCACACCACAGAGGAGUGGCGCCCGAGUCACACCACAGAGGAGUGGCGCCCGAGUCACACCACAGAGGAGUGGCGCCCGAGUCACACCACAGAGGAGUGGCGCCCGAGUCACACCACAGAGGAGUGGCGCCCGAGUCACACAACAGAGGAGUGGCGCCCGAGUCACACACAGAGGAGUGGCGCCCGAGUCACACACAGAGGAGUGGCGCCCGAGUCACACCGCAGAGGAGUGGCGCCCGAGUCACACCACAGAGGAGUGGCGCCCGAGUCACACCACAGAGGAGUGGCGCCCGAGUCACACACAGAGGAGUGGCGCCCGAGUCACACCGCAGAGGAGUGGCGCCCGAGUCACACCACAGAGGAGUGGCGCCCGAGUCACACCACAGAGGAGUGGCGCCCGAGUCACACCGCAGAGGAGUGGCACCCGAGUCACACAACAGAGGAGUGGCGCCCCAGUCACACACAGAGGAGUGGCGCCCGAGUCACACCACAGAGGAGUGGCGCCCGAGUCACACCACAGAGGAGUGGCGCACGAGUCACACCACAGAGGAGUGGCGCCCGAGUCACACCACAGAGGAGUGGCGCCCGAGUCACACCACAGAGGGGUGGCGCCCGAGUCACACCACAGAGGAGUGGCGCCCGAGUCACACCACAGAGGAGUGGCGCCCGAGUCACACCACAGAGAAGUGGCGCCCGAGUCACACACAGGGGAGUGGCGCCCGAGUCACACCACAGAGGAGUGGCGCCCGAGUCACACCACAGAGGAGUGGCGCCCGAGUCGCACCACAGAGGAGUGGCGCCCGAGUCACAACGCAGAGGAGUGGCGCCCGAGUCACACGCAGGAAAGUGGCGCCCGAGUCACACCACAGAGGAGUGGCGCCCGAGUCACACCACAGAGGAGUGGCGCCCGAGUCGCACCUCAGAGGAGUGGCGCCCGAGUCACACCACAGAGGAGUGGCGCCCGAGUCACACCACAGAGGAGUGGCGCCCGAGUCACACCACAGAGGAGUGGCGCCCGAGUCACACCACAGAGGAGUGGCGCCCGAGUCACACCACAGAGGAGUGGCGCCCGAGUCACACCACAGAGGAGUGGCGCCCGAGUCACACCACAGAGGAGUGGCGCCCGAGUCACACCACAGAGGAGUUGCGCCCGAGUCACACCACAGAGGUGUGGCGCCCGAGUCACACCACAGAGGAGUGGCGCCCGAGUCACACCACAGAGGAGUGGCGCCCGAGUCACACCACAGAGGAGUGGCGCCCGAGUCACACCACAGAGGAGUGGCGCCCGAGUCACACCACAGAGGUGGCGCCCGAGUCACACCACAGAGGAGUGGCGCCCGAGUCACACGCAGGAAAGUGGCGCCCGAGUCACACCACAGAGGAGUGGCGCCCGAGUCACACCUAAGAGGAGUGGCGCCCGAGUCACACCACAGAGUAGUGGCGCCCGAGUCACACCACAGAGGAGUGGCGCCCGAGUCACACCACAGAGGAGUGGCGCCCGAGUCACACCACAGAGGAGUGGACCCGAGUCACACCAGAGAGGAGUGGCGCCCGAGUCACACCACAGAGGAGUGGCGCCCGAGUCACACGCAGGAAAGUGGCGCCCGAGUCACACCGCAGAGGAGUGGCGCCCGAGUCACACCACAGAGGAGUGGCGCCCGAGUCACACCACAGAGGAGGUGCGCCCGAGUCACACCACAGAGGAGGGGCGCCCGAGUCACACCACAGAGGAGUGGCGCCCGAGUCACACCACAGAGGAGUGGCGCCCAAGUCACACCACAGAGGAGUGGCGCCCAAGUCACACCGCAGAGGAGUGGCGACCGAGUCACACCGCAGAGGAGUGGCGCCCGGGUCACACCGCAGAGGAGUGGCGCCCGGGUCACACCACAGAGGAGUGGCGCCCGAGUCACACACAGAGGAGUGGCGCCCGAGUCACACCACAGAGGAGUGGCGCCCGAGUCACACCACAGAGGAGUGGCGCCCGAGUCACACCACAGUAGUGGCGCCCGAGUCACACCACAGAGGAGUGGCGCCCGAGUCACACCACAGAGGAGUGGCGCCCGAGUCACACCACAGAGGAGUGGCGCCCGAGUCACACCACAGAGGAGUGGCGCCCGAGUCACACCACAGAGGAGUGGCGCCCGAGUCACACCACAGAGGAGUGGCGCCCGAGUCACACGCAGGAAAGUGGCGCCCGAGUCACACCGCAGAGGAGUGGCGCCCGAGUCACACCACAGAGAAGUGGCGCCCGAGUCACACCACAGAGGAGUGGCGCCCGAGUCACACCACAGAGGAGUGGUGCCCGAGUCACACCACAGAGGAGUGGCGCCCGAGUCACACCACAGAGGAGUGGCACCCGAGUCACACCACAGAGGAGUGGCGCCCGAGUCACACCACAGAGGAGUGGCGCCUGAGUCACACCACAGAGUAGUGGCGCCCGAGUCACACCACAGAGGAGUGGCGCCCGAGUCACACGUAAGAGGAGUGGCGCCCGAGUCACACCACAGAGUAGUGGCGCCCGAGUCACACCACAGAGGAGUGGCGCCCGAGUCACACCACAGAGGAUCACACCGCAGAGGAGUGGCGCCCGAGUCACACCACAGAGAAGUGGCGCCCGAGUCACACCACAGAGGAGUGGCGCCCGAGUCACACCACAGAGGAGUGUCGCCCGAGUCACACCACAGAGGAGUGGCGCCCGAGUCACACCACAGAGGAGUGGCACCCGAGUCACACCACAGAGGAGUGGCGCCCGAGUCACACCACAGAGGAGUGGCGCCUGAGUCACACCACAGAGUAGUGGCGCCCGAGUCACACCACAGAGGAGUGGCGCCCGAGUCACACGUAAGAGGAGUGGCGCCCGAGUCACACCACAGAGUAGUGGCGCCCGAGUCACACCACAGAGGAGUGGCGCCCGAGUCACACCACAGAGGAGUGGCGCCCGAGUCACACCACAGAGGAGUGUCGCCCGAGUCACACCACAGAGGAGUGGCGCCCGAGUCGCACCACAGAGGAGUGGCGCCCGAGUCACACCACAAAGGAGUGGCGCCCGAGUCACACAACAGAGGAGUGGCGCCCGAGUCACACCACAGAGGAGUGGCGCCCGAGUCACACCACAGAGGAGUGGCGCCCGAGUCACACCGCAGAGGAGUGGCGCCCGAGUCACACAACAGAGGAGUGGCGCCCGGGUCACACCACAGAGGAGUGGCGCCCGAGUCACACCACAGAGGAGUUGCGCCCGAGUCACACCACAGAGGAGUGGCGCCCGAGUCACACCAGAGAGGAGUGGCGCCCGAGUCACACCACAGAGGAUCACACCACAGAGGAGUGGCGCCCGAGUCACACCACAGAGGAGGUGCGCCCGAGUCACACCACAGAGGAGGGGCGCCCGAGGCACACCACAGAGGAGUGGCGCCCGAGUCACACCACAGAGGAGUGGCGCCCAAGUCACACCACAGAGGAGUGGCGCCCAAGUCACACCGCAGAGGAGUGGCGACCGAGUCACACCGCAGAGGAGUGGCGCCCGGGUCACACCGCAGAGGAGUGGCGCCCGGGUCACACCACAGAGGAGUGGCGCCCGAGUCACACACAGAGGAGUGGCGCCCGAGUCACACCACAGAGGAGUGGCGCCCGAGUCACACCACAGAGGAGUGGCGCCCGAGUCACACCACAGUAGUGGCGCCCGAGUCACACCACAGAGGAGUGGCGCCCGAGUCACACCACAGAGGAGUGGCGCCCGAGUCACACCACAGAGGAGUGGCGCCCGAGUCACACCACAGAGGAGUGGCGCCCGAGUCACACCACAGAGGAGUGGCGCCCGAGUCACACCACAGAGGAGUGGCGCCCGAGUCACACGCAGGAAAGUGGCGCCCGAGUCACACCGCAGAGGAGUGGCGCCCGAGUCACACCACAGAGAAGUGGCGCCCGAGUCACACCAUAGAGGAGUGGCACCCGAGUCACACCACAGAGGAGUGGUGCCCGAGUCACACCACAGAGGAGUGGCGCCCGAGUCACACCACAGAGGAGUGGCACCCGAGUCACACCACAGAGGAGUGGCGCCCGAGUCACACCACAGAGGAGAAAGUGGCGCCCGAGUCACACCGCAGAGGAGUGGCGCCCGAGUCACACCACAGAGAAGUGGCGCCCGAGUCACACCACAGAGGAGUGGCGCCCGAGUCACACCACAGAGGAGUGUCGCCCGAGUCACACCACAGAGGAGUGGCGCCCGAGUCACACCACAGAGGAGUGGCACCCGAGUCACACCACAGAGGAGUGGCGCCCGAGUCACACCACAGAGGAGUGGCGCCUGAGUCACACCACAGAGUAGUGGCGCCCGAGUCACACCACAGAGGAGUGGCGCCCGAGUCACACGUAAGAGGAGUGGCGCCCGAGUCACACCACAGAGUAGUGGCGCCCGAGUCACACCACAGAGGAGUGGCGCCCGAGUCACACCACAGAGGAGUGGCGCCCGAGUCACACCACAGAGGAGUGUCGCCCGAGUCACACCACAAAGGAGUGGCGCCCGAGUCGCACCACAGAGGAGUGGCGCCCGAGUCACACCACAAAGGAGUGGCGCCCGAGUCACACAACAGAGGAGUGGCGUCCGAGUCACACCACAGAGGAGUGGCGCCCGAGUCACACCACAGAGGAGUGGCGCCCGAGUCACACCGCAGAGGAGUGGCGCCCGAGUCACACAACAGAGGAGUGGCGCCCGGGUCACACCACAGAGGAGUGGCGCCCGAGUCAGACCGCAGAGGAGUGGCGCCCGAGUCACACCACAGAGGAGUGGCGCCCGAGUCGCACCACAGAGGAGUGGCGCCCGAGUCACACCACAGAGGAGUGGCGCCCGAGUCACACACAGGGGAGUGGCGCCCGAGUCACACCACAGAGGAGUGGCGCCCGAGUCACACCACAGAGGAGUGGCGCCCGAGUCACACCACAGAGGAGUUGCGCCCGAGUCACACCACAGAGGAGUGGCGCCCAAGUCACACCACAGAGGAGAAAGUGGCGCUCGAGUCACACCGCAGAGGAGUGGCGCCCGAGUCACACCACAGAGAAGUGGCGCCCGAGUCACACCACAGAGGAGUGGCGCCUGAGUCACACCACAGAGGAGUGGUGCCCGAGUCACACCACAGAGGAGUGGCGCCCGAGUCACACCACAGAGGAGUGGCACCCGAGUCACACCACAGAGGAGUGGCGCCCGAGUCACACCACAGAGGAGUGGCGCGUGAGUCACACCACAGAGUAGUGGCGCCCGAGUCACACCACAGAGGAGUGGCGCCCGAAUCACACGUAAGAGGAGUGGCGCCCGAGUCACACCACAGAGUAGUGGCGCCCGAGUCACACCACAGAGGAGUGGCGCCCGAGUCACACCACAGAGGAGUGGCGCCCGAGUCACACCACAGAGGAGUGUCGCCCGAGUCACACCACAGAGGAGUGGCGCCCGAGUCACACAACAGAGGAGUGGCGCCCGGGUCACACCACAGAGGAGUGGCGCCCGAGUCAGACCGCAGAGGAGUGGCGCCCGAGUCACACCACAGAGGAGUGGCGCCCGAGUCGCACCACAGAGGAGUGGCGCCCGAGUCACACCACAGAGGAGUGGCGCCCGAGUCACACACAGGGGAGUGGCGCCCGAGUCACACCACAGAGGAGUGGCGCCCGAGUCACACCACAGAGGAGUGGCGCCCGAGUCACACCACAGAGGAGUUGCGCCCGAGUCACACCACAGAGGAGAAAGUGGCGCCCGAGUCACACCGCAGAGGAGUGGCGCCCGAGUCACACCACAGAGGAGUGGCGCCCGAGUCACACCACAGAGGAGUGGCGCCCGAGUCACACCACAGAGGAGUGGUGCCCGAGUCACACCACAGAGGAGUGGCGCCCGAGUCACACCAAAGAGGAGUGGCGCCCGAGUCACACCACAGAGGAGUGGCGCCCGAGUCACACCAUAGAGGAGUGGCGCCCGAGUCACACCACAGAGUAGUGGCGCCCGAGUCACACCUAAGAGGAGUGGCGCCCGAGUCACACCACAGAGUAGUGGCGCCCGAGUCACACCACAGAGGAGUGGCGCCCGAGUCACACCACAGAGGAGUGGCGCCCGAGUCACACCACAGAGGAGUGGCGCCCGAGUCGCACCACAGAGGAGUGGCGCCCGAGUCACACCACAGAGGAGUGGCGCCCGAGUCACACAACAGAGGAGUGGCGCCCGAGUCACACCACAGAGGAGUGGCGCCCGAGUCACACCACAGAGGAGUGGCGCCCGAGUCACACCGCAGAGGAGUGGCGCCCGAGUCACACAACAGAGGAGUGGCGCCCGAGUCACACCACAGAGGAGUGGCGCCCGAGUCAGACCGCAGAGGAGUGGCGCCCAAGUCACACCACAGAGGAGUGGCGCCCGAGUCGCACCACAGAGGAGUGGCGCCCGAGUCACACCACAGAGGAGUGGCGCCCGAGUCACACACAGGGGAGUGGCGCCCGAGUCACACCACAGAGGAGUGGCGCCCGAGUCACACCACAGAGGAGUGGCGCCCGAGUCACACCACAGAGGAGUGGCGCCCGAGUCACACCACAGAGGAGUGGCGCCCGAGUCACACCACAGAGGAGUGGCGCCCGAGUCACACCACAGAGGAGUGGCGCCCGAGUCACACCACAGAGUGGCGCCCGAGUCACACCAGAGGAGUGGCGCCCGAGUCACACCACAGAGGAGUGGCGCCCGAGUCACACCACAAAGGAGUGGCGCCCGAGUCACACCACAGAGGAGUGGCGCCCGAGUCACACCACAGAGGAGUGGCGCCCGAGUCACACCACAGUGGAGUGGCGCCCGAGUCACACCACAGAGGAGUGGCGCCCGAGUCACACCACAGAGGAGUGGCGCCCGAGUCACACCACAGAGGAUUGGCGCCCGAGUCACACCACAGAGGAGUGGCGCUCGAGUCACACCACAGAGGAGUGGCGCCCGAGUCACACCACAGAGGAGUGGCGCCCGAGUCACACACAGAGGAGUGGCGCCCGAGUCACACCACAGCGGAGUGGCGCCCGAGUCACACCACAGAGGAGUGGCGCCCGAGUCACACCACAGAGGAGUGGCGCCCGAGUCAUACACAGAGGAGUGGCGCCCGAGUCACACCACAGAGGAGUGGCGCCCGAGUCACACCACAGAGGAGUGGCGCCCAAAGGAGUGGCGCCCGAGUCACACCACAGAGGAGUGGCGCCCAGGUCACACCACUGAGGAGUGGCGCCCGAGUCACACCACAGAGGAGUGGCGCCCGAGUCACACCACAGAGUAGUGGCGCCCGAGUCACACCACAGAGGAGUGGCGCCCGAGUCACACCUAAGAGGAGUGGCGCCCGAGUCACACCACAGAGUAGUGGCGCCCGAGUCACACCACAGAGGAGUGGCGCCCCAGUCACACCACAGAGGAGUGGCGCCCGAGUCACACCACAGAGGAGUGUCGCCCGAGUCACACCACAGAGGAGUGGCGCCCGAGUCGCACCACAGAGGAGUGGCGCCCGAUUCACACCACAGAGGAGUGGCCCCCGAGUCACACAACAGAGGAGUGGCGCCCGAGUCACACCACAGAGGAGUGGCGCCCGAGUCACACAACAGAGGAGUGGCGCCCGAGUCACACCACAGAGGAGUGGCGCCCGAGUCAGACCGCAGAGGAGUGGCGCCCAAGUCACACCACAGAGGAGUGGCGCCCGAGUCGCACCACAGAGGAGUGGAGCCCGAGUCACACCACAGAGGAGUGGCGCCCGAGUCACACACAGGGGAGUGGCGCCCGAGUCACACCACAGAGGAGUGGCGCCCGAGUCACACCACAGAGGAGUGGCGCCCGAGUCACACCACAGAGGAGUGGCGCCCGAGUCACACCACAGAGGAGUGGCGCCCGAGUCACACCACAGAGGAGUGGCGCCCGAGUCACACCACAGAGGAGUGGCGCCCGAGUCACACCACAGAGUGGCGCCCGAGUCACACCAGAGGAGUGGCGCCCGAGUCACACCACAGAGGAGUGGCGCCCGAGUCACACCACAGAGGAGUGGCGCCCGAGUCACACCACAGAGGAGUGGCGCCCGAGUCACACCACAGAGGAGUGGCGCCCGAGUCACACACAGAGGAGUGGCGCCCGAGUCACACCACAGCGGAGUGGCGCCCGAGUCACACCACAGAGGAGUGGCGCCCGAGUCACACCACAGAGGAGUGGCGCCCGAGUCACACACAGAGGAGUGGCGCCCGAGUCACACCACAGAGGAGUGGCGCCCGAGUCACACCACAGAGGAGUGGCGCCCAAGUCACACCAAAGAGGAGUGGCGCUUGAGUCACACCACAGAGGAGUGGCGCCCGAGUCACACCACAGAGGAGUGGCGCCCGAGUCACACCACAGAGGAGUGGCGCCCGAGUGACACCACAGCGGAGUGGCGCCCGAGUCACACCACAGAGGAGUGGCGCCCGAGUCACACCACACAGGAGUGGCGCCCGAGUCACACCACAGAGGAGUGGCGCCAGAGUCACACCAGAGAGGAGUGGCGCCCGAGUCACACCAUAGAGGAGUGGCGCCCGAGUCACACCACAGAGGAGUGGCGCCCGAGUCACACCACAGAGGAGUGGCGCCCGAGUCACACCACAGAGGAGUGGCGCCCGAGUCACACCACAGAGGAGUGGCGCCCGAGUCACACCACAGAGGAGUGGCGCCCGAGUCACACACAGAGGAGUGGCGCCCGAGUCACACCACAGCGGAGUGGCGCCCGAGUCACACCACAGAGGAGUGGCGCCCGAGUCACACCACAGAGGAGUGGCGCCCGAGUCACACACAGAGGAGUGGCGCCCGAGUCACACCACAGAGGAGUGGCGCCCGAGUCACACCACAGAGGAGUGGCGCCCAAGUCACACCAAAGAGGAGUGGCGCUUGAGUCACACCACAGAGGAGUGGCGCCCGAGUCACACCACAGAGGAGUGGCGCCCGAGUCACACCACAGAGGAGUGGCGCCCGAAGGAGUGGCGCCCGAGUCACACCACAGAGUAGUGGCGCCCGAGUCACACCACAGAGGAGUGGCGCCCGAGUCACACCUAAGAGGAGUGGCGCCCGAGUCACACCACAGAGUAGUGGCGCCCGAGUCACACCACAGAGGAGUGGCGCCCGAGUCACACCACAGAGGAGUGGCGCCCGAGUCACACCACAGAGGAGUGUCGCCCGAGUCACACCACAGAGGAGUGGCGCCCGAGUCGCACCACAGAGGAGUGGCGCUUGAUUCACACCACAGAGGAGUGGCCCCCGAGUCACACAACAGAGGAGUGGCGCCCGAGUCACACCACAGAGGAGUGGCGCCCGAGUCACACCACAGAGGAGUGGCGCCCGAGUCUCACCGCAGAGGAGUGGCGCCCGAGUCACACAACAGAGGAGUGGCGCCCGAGUCACACCACAGAGGAGUGGCGCCCGAGUCAGACCGCAGAGGAGUGGCGCCCAAGUCACACCACAGAGGAGUGGCGCCCGAGUCGCACCACAGAGGAGUGGCGCCCGAGUCACACCACAGAGGAGUGGCGCCCGAGUCACACACAGGGGAGUGGCGCCCGAGUCACACCACAGAGGAGUGGCGCCCGAGUCACACCACAGAGGAGUGGCGCCCGAGUCACACCACAGAGGAGUGGCGCCCGAGUCACACCACAGAGGAGUGGCGCCCGAGUCACACCACAGAGGAGUGGCGCCCGAGUCACACCACAGAGGAGUGGCGCCCGAGUCACACCACAGAGUGGCGCCCGAGUCACACCAGAGGAGUGGCGCCCGAGUCACACCACAGAGGAGUGGCGCCCGAGUCACACCACAGAGGAGUGGCGCCCGAGUCACACCACAGAGGAGUGGCGCCCGAGUCACACCACAGAGGAGUGGCGCCCGAGUCAUACCACAGUGGAGUGGCGCCCGAGUCACACCACAGAGGAGUGGCGCCCGAGUCACACCACAGAGGAGUGGCGCCCGAGUCACACCACAGAGGAGUGGCGCCCGAGUCACACCACAGAGGAGUGGCGCUCGAGUCACACCACAGAGGAGUGGCGCCCGAGUCACACCACAGAGGAGUGGCGCCCGAGUCACACACAGAGGAGUGGCGCCCGAGUCACACCACAGCGGAGUGGCGCCCGAGUCACACCACGAGGAGUGGCGCCCGAGUCACACCACAGAGGAGUGGCGCCCGAGUCACACACAGAGGAGUGGCGCCCGAGUCACACCACAGAGGAGUGGCGCCCGAGUCACACCACAGAGGAGUGGCGCCCAAGUCACACCACAGAGGAGUGGCGCCCGAGUCACACCACAGAGGAGUGGCGCCCGAGUCACACCACAGAGGAGUGGCGCCCGGCGCCCGAUCACACCACAGAGGAGUGGCGCCAGAGUCACACCAGAGAGGAGUGGCGCCCGAGUCACACCACAGAGGAGUGGCGCCCGAGUCACACCACAGAGGAGUGGCGCCCGAGUCACACCACAGAGGAGUGGCGCCCGAGUCACACCACAGCGGAGUGGCGCCCGAGUCACACCACAGCGGAGUGGUGCCUAAGUCACACCACAGAGGAGUGGCGCCCGCCUCACACCAGAGGAGUGGCGCCCGAGUCAUACACAGAGGAGUGGCGCCCGAGUCACACCGCAGAGGAGUGGCGCCCGAGUCACACCACAGAGGAGUGGCACCCGAGUCACACACAGAGGAGUGGCGCCCGACUCACACCGUAGAGGAGUGGCGCCCGAGUCACACCACAGAGGAGUGGCACCCGAGUCACACACAGAGGAGUGGCGCCCAAAUCACACCGCAGAGGAGUGGCGCCCGAGUCACACCACAGAGGAGUGGCGCCCGAGUCACACCGCACAGGAGUGGCGCCCGAGUCACACCACAAAGGAGUGGCACCUGA